GAAAAAACUUCGACUCAAACCAAACUCCAACGUUAGCAAGUACAACCGACAUUGUUUUCUUCCGCAACUUUCAUUUGAGUAAAGCGUGUUGAAUCGUUUAAUUGCCCGCAAAGUCACACCUGUGACUGCGUAACGGUUUAAAUAAAAUAAUCAUUCACUGUCGCGUACAUACCAGUGUUUUCCGGUCAACUAAUUUAUUGCACAAAAUUUAGCUGCUUCUUGGUGGUAGAGAACAGUAUAUCGCUUAAGAAUAUAAUAUUUAUUGAUUAAGAUGUACUUUUUAAGAAAUGGGAUGUGAUGAGGACACUUUAACUUUUUUUUUUUUUUUAAAUAACGCCUUGUAGUUCUCCAUCGUCCCUCGGUGCGUAUUGCUCAACUCUUACUACUACUACAAUCAGCCUACAGCCAAACUUUGGUGCCGGGCCAAUUAUUUCCCAGGAAAAUGUGACUGCUAGGAAUUCCCCACGCAUCAGCCCCUGCCGGAGAAAACCACGACCUUGUGUCAGGAAGCACACGAAAGCAGCAGGAGGGUGAGCAGCCCGGUGACUGGGCGAUGAUGUAGCCGAGCCACCGCUCCGUUAGUCUCCAGCUCACACCGGGGAUAAAACCAUGUUUUUCUAACGCCGCCGUGCUUUAGGAGAACAGCCACUCACUGCCUUGUAUAAAGCCAGGAAUAUGCUGUGCUGAUGACAACUUCUGUCAGGGUGUAGAUGCUCCAGGCGCAGCGGGGCCCAGCCUCUGUGUCAGAGAGGGACGAGGCUGCUCCCACCUGGGCCACGGCGAUCCUCUGAAACUCGGCUCGGGGUCUCUCUCUCUCAGAGCACCAACUGCCCAGAUUAAAAAAAAGCACCACAGGGAAGCCAUUUUGUGAAGUGAAGCUGAGUCUGUGCAGAGAAGGAGCUGGAGUAGUCAUAGCCGGGAUAUUUUAGGCCGGUCUCUGCCCUCUGAACUCCACUGCCAUGACGACUGCAGUGCAGCCCAGUGAACUCGUGUUUGAAUUCGCCAGCAACGGGAUGGAUGAAAUCAAUCAGGUGUGCAGUUAUCUCAUCCCCAUACCCGGGUCUGAAUCUUGUGGAACAGGCUUGAUUCUGGAUGACCCGUCAGUAUUCCCAGCGGUGAUUGUUGAGCAGGUGCCUGCAGCCGAUCUAUUGCAGGUCUACUCGGGCCUAGAGUCAGAUGAGGUGACUAACGGCAUCAUGGUGGACACCACUCUCCAUGUGGUUGAGGAGCCAUCCAUCUUGGUGGGAGGAGUGGACCUCUCAGAAACAACAGUCCCAGGCACACAGGACAGCAUGGAGACGAACGAAGCUGCAGCGGCUCUUCUGAACAUGGAGUCUCCAAACAACAUUUUGGAUGAGAAACGAAUGAUUCACACCUAUGGUACUCUGCUGGAGCCAGACCUGACAUAUACCCCACUGAGGCCUGACCACAUAGACAGCGUUACCCUUGAUAUGUCCCUGGAUGAGGACACUUCAUCUAUGGAUGAGAUUCCCCAAAAAUGUCCCCUAAAAACUCAGAAAAAAACCAAAGUGCGAAAGCCGCGGGCGGUGCGUCCCUGCUCUCCUAUCACCACCCCUAACCUGCCACUCAGGAAGAAGAGCAAAGAGGGCAAAGGCAACACCAUCUACCUGUGGGAAUUCCUUCUGGCUUUACUGCAGGAUAAAAACACCUGUCCCAAAUACAUCAAGUGGACACAGCGGGAGAAAGGCAUCUUUAAGCUGGUCGACUCGAAGGCUGUUUCAAAGUUGUGGGGCAAACACAAGAACAAGCCUGACAUGAACUAUGAGACUAUGGGAAGAGCUCUCAGGUACUACUACCAAAGAGGCAUCCUAGCUAAAGUGGAGGGGCAGCGGCUGGUAUAUCAAUUUAAGGAGAUGCCAACUGAUCUAGUGGUGAUUGAGGAUGAAGAUACAGGCUCUGAUGCCAAUACUGGCUACGGGAACCAGAGAUCUACCAAUGGGCGGUCUGUGGUCCGUGGAGGGUCCAAAGGGCAUGGAAGGGGUCAUGGUCAUCAUCAUGUCUCAGUAAAACAGAUGAAGAAAGAGCCUAAUGAUGACUAUCUGUACCAGGAAGCUAACGGUGGCCAGGCUGAGCAGCUUCUUCAGUCUGUUCAUAUGUUGCAAAGCAACCACGUUUCGGGUGUCCAAGAUACAGCACAAGCUAUGAGGACCAUCAGUACUCCUAUGGUUCUGACAUCUUCCAGCUCCCUUCAGUCUGUUCCCCUCGCCACUGUUCUGGCCAAUGGGGACUCCAGCCACUCCUCCCCUCCUCAGGUUAUUCUCCACACCAUGCCCUCCACGACAGCAGGUGGAAAAGAUGUGCUCACCAUCCAGACGGCCUCUCUAGCAGGUGGGGCCAACAGCCUGCAGGACGGCCUCCCUCAGCAGCUCCUGGUCACCAGUCUGGGUUCCUGUGCCAUUUCCUCCGCCUCCUCCUCCUGCACUUCCCCUCCAGGAGUCAUUAAUUCCACUGCUUCCAACCUCAACAGUCUUCCCCGCCUCGUUACCAUCAACACCACCUGUGGGCAGACCAUGGUGGCACAGCAGCCCGGCACUGUAAUUGCCACGGUGCUCAAAUCCAGCGACCUUUCUGGGCUGCAGGUCAAAGAGGAGAUGCUGGACCCCAGCUACUUUCAGUCAAUGGUGAACGGUGAUCCAUCACUGGCGGCACAUACAUUUGAGAAAGAAGAGAUGGAGGCAGGGGAGGCGGAGCUGCAGUAUAGGACUGUGAUCAUUGAUACCAGUCAAAGCCAGGGCCAAGAGGCUGCAAGUGAAACUAUAAUUAAUGGACAUUCCUCCCAGAGCAGCAGCCCUAGUGAGGGUCUGACCCCAGUGGAGGAGCUGGAAGUGCGUGGGGAGAUGUCCCUGCAGCCUGAGCAGGGAAUCAAAGGCCUGCAGGAGCUGCCCCUCUCUGUCCAGCUGCCUGCAAACUUUAUCCAGAUAAAGACAGAGUCUGCAGAGGCUUAGAGCUGCAGGACUUUUCCACACAAGCUGAACCAAAAACAACAAUUGAAUCCAUUUUGACCACAGACUUAAUAUAUUCUUUUCCUAACACAGUGAUCUGAUCAAAGAUCAGAAGUGAGGGAUCAUUGCUCUUAAAGGUUGGUCAGUUCAGCCUCAGGAUUUAUUGUUUACUCACAUAUUUUGUGACCACGUGCCUAAUUUUAGAAAUCAAGGGAGUGUUUAGUUUUUUUAAAAAGUAAUUUUUCUGAUUUGGGAUUAUCAUCUGUAGACAUGAACCCUGACACACACAGAUACGGACACACACAACACAAUAUGCCUUCCCCUUUAGGAGAGCAGCCAUUGGAUGAACCAGGGAUCCCUGUGUACCAAAUGUGCCAGUUAGUCAUUUUUAGCUUACAUCUCGUUGGAGUAAUAUGUUUAAAGAAGAGAAUGAAUGAAACCAAAACCGGGGACUGAAUGCCAAACGGUGCUGACAAGUCUGAGAAUGUGCACAGUGUGAGUGUGUGUAUUUUCUUUAAACCACAUAUAGGUUUGUAUUUCCAUGGAACAGGAAUGGAUGUUGUGUCAUGGUGUCCAAUCUGCUAAAAAGAACACACAUCUCAAGCUAAAUUGAAGAGUGCCUUAAAGGAGGUUCAAAGAGCUCAAGUCUUUGUUGGAAGUGUCUGUGGAAAAAAUGAAAAAUGGACUAAAUGACUUUCCAGACUUUCAGACUUUCAAGAACUUAUUACUCAUUUAUUUUCAUAUAAACAACAUAGGUAUGCAUCCAUUCUCUAUUACCCCUGGCCUUAAAACACUGUGUUACUAUGGAAAUGGGCAUUUUUCUGUCCACCAAGGACAGUGUAACAUCAAAACUGUUUGUAUAGAGCUGCAGACCGGAGGCACAGAAAGAUAGGGAGGCACAAAUGGAGAAAGAAUACGCAGGAUAAAACUGAUUUUAUCAGUCUGUGCCUCAGAGGCUUCAAGGUUUAAAUCCUGUUUAUAUAAAAUGGAAUAUAUAUAUAUGAAUCUAUCUAUAUAUAUAAAUAUAUACAUAUAAUAUACAUUUGAGAUUCAAUUUUAAGGCCACAGGGAAUUUAUUUAUUUUGUGAAUUACUAAAUUCUGUAUAAAAAGGCACAUUUGUUUUCUAUUUACAUGUGUAAACCUGAGGGAAAAUACAAAGAAUAUGAACGUUAAUACCAGGAAGCUUAUUCGGUGAUUUUUUUGUAAGACCAACAUUUUUCAUUUGUAUAGCAUUCCAUAUAAUCGGCUUUGGUAUUUUCUUGAGUUUUGGACUCGAGUGCUCAGUGCAGCAUCAUUAUUCCACUGGUAUAUUCUUUUAUUGUGGAUAUCCUCUGUUGUGUGUCUGAUUUAAACAUGUACUGAAUGUGCUCUUCGUUUCAGUGGACAUACCUCUUUACCUUUUUCAACAGUCAAGCAGUCGAGGCUGUGCAUUCAAAAAUAUCAUGUUGUGUGUUUUGCAUAAAGUAUCAGCUGUACCAAUCGAUGUCUUCAAGUCAAAUCAAGUUUCUUCUGCUGUUUGGUACAAAGAGGUACCAGUGCUGUUAGUAAAACUCUGCUCCUUCCCCUUCUUUUCCUUUCUCGCCUCAUCUCCUCGUCUUGGCGUCCCUCCUCACCUCCUCCUCCUCUCCUGCUCUUGGGUCAGUCAAGUCUGUGCCUUCUUUAUUUGCUGUCCCACUUUGUUAAGAACCUCUCAGGCCAGCCAUCCGAUUGGCCCCUCGGUCCUGCUGGGGAUGAAGCCAUAUUGAUCCUGAGUGGUAUCACGGUUAAAUUGGUUGUAUUUUCCAGCCGGACUGUAGCUGCAGAGUGAGGACAUUCAGACACACUGACCUCCAUCUGCAGUGGCACCUAAGGACAGGAGUUAAACGCUACUUUACAACCCCACAUCAGCCAAAGGGCUCUGGGUCUGCUAAGACACUCUGAAUGUAUACCUGUUUUUUUAAGUACAUGCUUUUGCAAAUUUUUUGACAAUCAAUAAUUACACUGGGUUACAUUUGCAUUAAAAAUCAGCCAGUUUUUCGGUGGGGAGUUGCUGCUUAUUUUUGCUUUGUAUAUAUUCCUGUAUCCUGCGUUUUUCCGUAAAGCACUGUUGUCUGUGAAAUGUUGAGGUAUGUCCAUUGCUUACGUUUUGUUGCUUCUUUUGUCUUGGGUUGUCAAUGGCUUCCUUUAUGCUGAAUAUAGAAUAGAUUUUUAAGAAAAAGUCAAGAUGCUAAUUAAAAACAAAAUCUUCUCCGUUGA